CUUGUGAGCCUCCACCAUGUCUUCCGCCCAUCGCCCCACAUGGACUCCCGCUCAGGGCAAAGGCGACAAUCGCCACGUCACGAGAGUCACUGGCGUUCGCGAAUUGCCAUCCCAGACCACGCUCAAGUACAGGCAAUCUCAAGGCGAUCAAGUCGUUCCCUCAAGCAACGAUUUUGGGGAAGAGACUCGAGAGCAGCUCAAGGCGAGACUAGCCAGGGCUGAGAAGGAUGCGAGGAACAAGAAGAGGAAAGCGCAAGGAUUGGAGCCUGAGCCCGAGUCAGCUUCCGAGGCGGAGGAGGAGGAGGAGGAAUUGACACAGCUUGAAUUCAAGAAACCUAGGACGAUACAGAGGGACGAUGAGACAAGCUCCAAAGGCAAAAGCAGAGCCCUUGAAUCUGAAACACAAGACGCCGACGAGGGGGAAGAGAGUGAUGCUGUCGAUGUAGAUGAUGAUGAUGAAGAGGAUGACGCAGAAAUCGAGGCUCGAGCUAGGGCAAUUCUGAAAGCUCAAGGUGGCGAUGAGGAUGGCAGCGAGGACGAAGACGAAUCGAGCGAAUCUGAAGACGACGACGACGAUGACGAAGAUGAGACGGCCCAGCUCAUGAAGGAGCUCGAGAAGAUCAAGGCCGAGAGGGCAGCGGCGGCAGCACAGAAGGCCCGCGAGGAAGAAGAGGCAAAGGAAAAGAGGGAAGAAGAGAUCGCCAAGGGCAAUCCUCUCCUGAACGACGGCAUCAAGGAUAAAGAGGCCUUCACGGACGAUGGCUCGAGCAGUGUCGCUUCCUUUGGCGUCAAAAGGAGGUGGGACGAUGAUGUCAUCUUCAAGAACCAGUCUGCAGGGUCAAAGGCGAACAACCCGGACUUUGUAAAUGACCUUACCAGGACCUCCUUCCACAAAGAAUUUCUCCACCGCUACAUCAAAUAAAUGUCGCCCGCUUCCUGUAGGGUCUGUCCUUUGACCAUUAUGUACUUGUAACCAAUUAUUGCAAAGCCUUUAACUAAGGCUUGCACACUUCACCUUGGUGGGCUGCUGUCAAUGCCAUAGAUGAUCC